CGGCCUGAUAUGCCCACGCUCAUGGUGCAAGGAUGCACCUCCGAUGCGGGUAAAAGUACCCUCGUCGCCGGGUUAUGCCGCGUUUUCAAACGAAACGGCUUGUCAGUCGUGCCAUUCAAGCCGCAAAACAUGGCGUUGAACAGCGCAGUCACGCCCGAUGGCGGCGAAAUUGGGCGGGCGCAAGCCUUGCAAGCACAGGCAGCGGGGCUUGCGCCUUCCGUCCACAUGAAUCCCGUGCUACUCAAGCCGAAUACCGACACAGUGGCACAAGUCAUUCUGCAAGGGCAUUCCAUCGGCAAUCUUGAAGCCCUCGAUUAUCACUAUUACAAGCCUAAAGCAGCGGCUGCCGUGUUUGAUUCCUACGCCCGUCUGUGUGCCGAAUACGAGUACGUGUUGGUAGAAGGCGCGGGUAGCCCGGCGGAAAUUAAUUUGCGCGAAGGCGAUAUUGCGUUGUUGCAGGGUGGCUUGGAUUGGUUGGAAGCGUAUACGGGUAAGCCAGUGCUGGGUGUAUUGCCGUAUUUGCAUGGGCUGCAUUUGGAUGCGGAGGAUGCCGUGCCAGAAAUUCGUUUCGUGUUGUUGUCCCGCUUCCUUCUUCCGCACAUCAGCAACCACACGGAUUUUGAACCAUUGUGCCUGCAUCCACAGGUAGAUUUCCGUUAUGUGUGGCACGAGGAAGUGAUUCCGCCUGCCGAUCUCAUUAUUUUGCCGGGGAGCAAGAAUACCGGGGUUGAUUUGGCUUGGUUGCGUUCACAGGGCUGGGAGGGGGCAAUUCAGCGGCAUUUGCGUUACGGUGGGAAAGUGAUCGGUAUUUGUGGCGGGAUGCAAAUGUUGGGGCAAGCGAUUCACGAUCCGCACGGUAUUGAAGGCGUACCGAGCAGCCACCAAGGUUUGGGUUUACUCGACUUUGCAACGAUCUUGCAGCCAGAGAAACAGCUUACUAACCGGAAGGGGGUGCUGAGGAUGAUGGUCUGUUUGACACGCCUGAAACAUUGCACGCAUUAUUGA